AUGGCUGAUCUCGAAGAACACGACUCUGAUGAAUCUCGCCCUAUUCUGCUCGAUGACUACUCUGAAUCUGAAUCUUCUCUAUGCUGCUUGUUUCUUCAAGUUUUAAUAGUUCUGGGAUUUUUCUCAGUGGUAAUAUGGGUAAGUGUAACUCCGAAGAGUCCCAUUUACCUCAUCACCAACGCCUACAUUCCAGCCUUGGAUGCUUGGAAUUCUACAUCAAAUUACAGCCAUAAUACCUCAUUUUUCUUGAAUCUCGAGUUCUUCAACCCCAACGAAAAGAUGAGCAUCUACUACAGUGACAUCUGCAUAAACUUGUACUACAGUAGUACUGAUGCACUCGUUGGCUCCAGCUCUCUGCCUGGUUUCUAUCAAGGAUACAAAAAGACCACACCAUAUGAAGUGUUUGUGAAUGCUGACAAACAAUUAUGGAAAGGGAAUAUUACCAAUGGGACAAAAGAGUUUAAGGCUUGCAUGGAGAAUGAUGUCCAAUAUAAGAUAGUCGGAUUCAAGGUAAAGCAUCAGUACCGGAUAUAUAAGGAAGCUUAUGUGUCGGUUGAUUCAAAUGGGAAGAUGAUAGGAGAGAAGAAUAUAAAGCUACACCACACGUCCAAGACGAUCACCAAACAUUGA